AUGGAUGAGGAUCAAGGUCCGUCGCAAAUCGUCCCGGGGACGUCUCCCAAACGGACAAUGGGAGAUCGCCUCCGCGGUGCCAGGAAUAGGUUCUUCACGAAGCAGGGCCUCGUCGGCGACUACGACUAUGCCUUUCUAUUCCGCCCCAAUCUGCCCUUCAUGAAGAAGUCGUCCAAGGCCGCCCCCUUCUUUGGUCUUCAUGACCGGAUGCCAACGCUCCUCGCCCUGCUCCUGGGAUUCCAGCAUGCCCUCGCCAUGUUGGCCGGCAUCAUCACGCCGCCCAUCCUGCUCAGCGGUGCCGCCGGUGCCAAUCUCACCCCGGAAAUGCAGCAGUAUCUAGUUUCAACCGCCUUGAUCGUCUCCGGCCUCUUGUCCACGAUCCAAAUCACCCGGUUUCACGUCUUCAAGACUCCAUACUACAUCGGCACCGGUUUGAUUUCCGUCGUCGGCAUUUCUUUCGCCAUCAUCCCCGUCGCCCAGGGCGCUCUCGCUCAGAUGUAUGCCAACGGCUUCUGUCCCACAGAUGCCCAGGGCAACAAGCUCCCGUGUCCCGAUGGGUAUGGCGCCAUCAUUGGUUCCAGUGCUCUCUGUGCUCUCAUUGAAAUCGCCAUCUCCUUCUUGCCGCCCAAAGUGAUGCUCCGCAUCUUCCCUCCCAUAGUUACUGGUCCUACUGUCAUGCUCAUCGGUAUUCAUCUCGUUGAGAGUGGCUUCCAGAACUGGAUGGGCGGUUCCGGACCUUGCGCCAACCCGACGACGGACUUCUUCGCUCGUUGCCCCAACAUCGCGGCGCCUCAUGCCCUCCCGUGGGGCUCGGCAGAGUAUCUAGGCCUGGGAUUUUCCGUCUUCAUUACCAUCAUUCUGUGCGAGAGAUUUGGCGCGCCCAUCAUGAAGUCGACGUCGGUUGUAAUUGGUCUCCUUGUCGGAUGCAUCAUCGCCGCGGCCUGCGGAUACUUUGACCGGUCCGGCAUUGAUAGCGCUCCCGCCGCCUCCUUCAUCUGGGUGCACACUUUCAAGCUCACCCUCUACGGUCCACUCAUCCUCCCUCUACUUGCCGUCUACAUCAUCUGUGCGACGGAAGCCAUCGGAGACAUCACCGCCACCUGCGACGUCUCCCGCCUCGAGGUCGAGGGCCGUCUGUUCGAGUCUCGAAUCCAGGGAGGCGUGUUGGCAGACGGUAUCAAUGGCGUCCUUGCCGCGUUGAUGACCAUCACGCCCAUGACCACUUUUGCCCAAAACAACGGUGUCAUCGCCCUCACCCGCUGCGCCAACCGCAGCGCCGGUUACUGCUGUUGCUUCUUCCUCGUCAUAAUGGGCAUCUUCGCCAAGUUCGCCGCCUCCCUCGUCGCCAUCCCGUCCUCGGUCCUAGGCGGCAUGACGUCUUUCCUCUUCACCGCCGUCGCCGUCUCCGGCAUGGCCAUCAUCACCAAGGGCGUGCCCUUCAACCGCCGUAACCGCUUCAUCCUUACGGCCGGUCUGACCCUCGGCUACGGCGCCACCCUUGUCCCGACCUACUUCGACAACGUCUUCACCUACGCCGGCGACAACCGCGGCCUCCGCGGCUUCCUCGACGCCAUCGUUCUCAUCAUGGAGACGGGCUUCGCCGUCACCGCCUUCGUCUGCAUGCUUCUGAACCUCGUCCUCGAGGAGGAGAUCGAGGAUACCGAAGGCCGCGACGUUGCUCCUCCCACCACCACCAACUUCGUCACCCCCAAGGACGUCAACGGAGGCGACAGCGCACGCGGGGCUGAUUCGGAAGAUAUUCAACCUGUCGGACACAGCGGCACAGGCAAAGGUGAUGAGAAACUGGCGUAG